AUGGUUCUCCGAGAGGAGUGGCGUGGCACAAUUCCAGAGCCGUCGGUGUCCCGGGUCCCAGAAAAGCGUUCUCGAAGGCACUGUGUCUUCAUUGCGGCCGUGGCCGUCACCGUGGCCAUCGGCCUCCGCCUUGGCGCCACGGAGGUGGGGGCCUCCGACCUGGAGCACUAUGGCGCCCACACGCUGGUGUUGCUGCGGCACGGCGAGUCGGAGUGGAACCUGGAGAACCGAUUUACAGGCUGGGUAGAUGUGGACGUCUCCGAAAAAGGUGCAGAGGAGGCCAUACAUGCUGGCAAACUCAUGCACAAUGCAAAUCUGAGUUUAGACGUUGCGUUUACCUCCUACCAGAAGCGAGCCAUCAAGACCUUGAACCUUGCCCUGGAGGAGAUGAAUGCGCUCUGGAUUCCUGUGACCAAGUCCUGGAAGCUGAACGAGCGCAUGUAUGGUGACUUGCAGGGCUUAGACAAGAAGGAGACCUCGGAACAGUUUGGUGAAGAGAAGGUUUCUAAGUGGCGGCGCUCUUUUGCAGUUCCGCCGCCUCCCAUCAAGGAGGACAGUCCCUACCAUCCCAAACUGGACCCAAAGUAUAAGAACGUCCCUGCAAAGAAAUUGCCGACGACAGAGUCAUUGUCGUCGACCAUUGAGCGCGUGAUGCCAUUCUUCAAGUCAAGUAUAGCGCCGGAGCUUCGCAAGGGCAAGAAGGUUCUUGUUGCAGCCCACGGCAACUCCUUGCGUGCGCUGGUGAAGUACUUGGAUGACUUGCCCGAGGAAAAGAUCGUUGGCCUCAACAUUCCGACAGGGGUACCGCUGGUGUACAGACUCAACCAUCAGCUGAAGCCGGUGGCGCUGCCAGGCCAUACCGAGCUGAUUAGUGGCGUCUACCUUGGAGAUCCAGCCUGGGUGCAGUCCAAGAUCGAUGGGGUCAAAAAUCAGGCGCAUGGCUAG